AUGUUAGUAACGGCCCAAUGGUGCGGACGGGUCUGGGUAUCGUGGGCGUUGAGAGUCGAUGUUGCUUCAUGCCGUUUUGGGUGUGGCCGUGCAUCGUUCGAAACGUUGGAUGCGCGGAAACAGAAUAUGGAAGUUUGGCUCGAUUCGCCUCAUAAUGGAACAAAAACCACCAUAUCAAAACACCAAGAGGACCAUCCUUAUUACAAGUCAGAACUGGCCUUCCCUCUGAGCUCGGAACGAACAAACGUGGACUUUCUGCAGCCGCAACCGGAUAUCACCAGUGGCGAGGAAUCAGAUGAGACGUGGCCGGUGCAAUGA